AUGGACCCCCGGCGCAGUGCCCAGGAUGUGUUACGGUGUCACCUCUGCGAGACCCCAUCUCCCUCUUUGUACUGUGACAUCUGUCACAUACAUCUAUGUACAGGUUGUGAGGGGGAACAUCUCUCGGACGAAUCGACAGAACACAAAGUGGUGCCAUUCAAAAAACGGGGAAUCAUUCCUAAUUGUCCUUUCCAUUCAACAAAUAUAAGUGUACUUCACUGUGAACAGUGCGACAUUCCAAUCUGCGUCACAUGUUCGUUCUCUAAAGAACACAAUGGCCAUAAAUUCGUUGAGGUAUUGAAACACUUGGAAAACAAGAAAAGAGUCAUUCAAAGUGAUUUACAAGAACUCGAAAAAUCCAUCUAUCCUGCAUAUGAAGAGAUUGCAUCUAACAUUCCAGUUCAGAAAGCUGAUUUGAAUAAAAACACCGAGAAAAUAACAACUUCUAUCGACAAACAUGGAGAAUACUUGCACAGAGAAGUAGAAUCCAUUAUCAAGAAACUGAAAUGCAAUCUUACUGAUAUGGACUCCAAACACUUGGAUUUUCUUAAUAAACAGGAAGAUGAAAUCAAAUACACUAUUUCUGAGAUCAUACAGAUCACUGCUGACUUAAAGAAAUUGCUCAACUCCAAUGAUGGCAGCCUUGUAACUGCCUACAAAUCAAGAAAUGCCAAAUUCAGAAAAUUGCCUCCUAAGCUCACUGUUUCUUUCCCAAGUUUUACCCCUUGGAAAAUCAACAAAGAACAACUUUAUGAACAGUUUGGUUCCCUGUCAGAAUUAUCUAUAAAAACAGAAGGACGUGGCUACACAGUGGAUUCUCCAGGUGCUGAUUCUUCUGACGAAGACAGACUGUUCAUUGAUGAACCACGCAUCAUCACAGAUAUAAACACCGAGUAUGGCAAAAAUAAACUACGAAGUGUGUCCUGUCAGAGUGAUGACGAUAUCUGGACGUGUGGUUAUAGUGAUAAUAUCAUGAGACUCUACAACCUCCAAGGAGAACUAGUCAAGUCAAUCAGGACUAAAUCAGGAAAUAUGCCAUGGGGCAUCGCAACCACAAUGAGUGGGGAUCCAUUUUAUGCUGAUUACAGUGAUAGUACUGUGAACAUUUUGAAGCACUCAGAUAUACAGUCAGUGGUAAAGCUCCAGGGAUGGGGACCUUGCGGUGUCUGUAGUACCUCUUUUGGCGACUUUCUGGUUAUCAUGAACAGUAAUGAUGGUGAACGAGCAAAAGUUGUGCGUUACGCCGGCUCCACAGUGAAACAAAGUAUUCAAAAUGAUAACAAAGGACAACCUCUCUAUUCAUCUGGUAACAUUAAAAACAUUAGUGAAAACAUGAAUCUAGAUAUUUGUGUGUCUGACUAUUUAGCUUGUGCAGUAACGGUGGUCAGUCAGGAAGGGAAACUCAAGUUUACCUACUCUGGUUUUCCCUCUACUGAAAAGGGGUCAUUUAAACCAUAUGGCAUCACUACAGACAGCCAGGGCCGGAUCCUGAUAGCAGACCGUGACAACAACCGUAUCCACAUCCUGGAUCAGGACGGACACUUCCUUCGCUACAUUGACAACUGUCAUUUACACAGCCCACAGGGUUUAUGCGUUGACACCAGAGACAACCUCUUUGUAGCUGAAAAUGGCCCAGGGAAAGUGAAGAAAAUUCAAUAUUAUAUCUAAAGAAUUUGCUGCAUACAGAUUUCAAGACAACUGACGUUUUGUAUUUAACGUGCAUUUUGAAUGACAAAAUAUUGAGUUUGUGUUUCUA